AUGGAAUCCCUCUCAGACACCCUGUGGGAUGUAGUGAUCAGCGGCACUGGGUUACAACAGUCCCUUCUCGCCCUAGCUUUGUCGCGUUCAGGCAAGAAUAUCCUUCACGUCGAUCCGAACGACUUCUACGGAGGCAGCGAAGCCGCUUUUAGUCUUCAGGAGGCGGAUGAGUGGGCUGAGAAGAACCAGGCGGCUGAUGCCUCGCGAUUAUUCUCCUCGGCAGAGGUGAAGCGAGACGCGGACGCAUUGGCCUCUACGCGAUCCUACAGCCUGGCGCUCGCGCCUCAGCUUGUCCAUUCGCGAUCGAAGUUGGUAACUCAGCUUGUCGAUUCGAAAGCCUUUCGCCAGAUUGAAUUUCUCGCUGUCGGUUCUUUCUACAUCUACCAGCCACCUUCGGAUUCUUCGUCGACGCCCUCACUUAGUCGGAUACCCUCGACCCGCGAGGAUGUUUUCACCAACACCUCAAUCCCAGCUCGGUCCAAGCGGUCUUUGAUGAAGUUUCUCAAGUUUGUGCUUGAUUUCAAUUCGGAGCCUCAAAUCGAUACGUGGCAGUCGCAUGCUGAUGAGGACCUGGCACAGUUCUUGGCCUCGGAGUUCAAGCUUGAUCAUGCCCUCCAGUCUUACAUCAUCACACUGACCUUGAGUCAUGAUGACAAGAUUUCGGUCAAAGAUGGCUUGACUUCGAUCAACCGACACUUGUCAUCUAUGGGUGUUUUCGGUCCUGGUUUUGCUGCGGUCUGUCCUAAAUGGGGCGGCUUGUCAGAGGUGGCUCAAGUGGGUUGCCGAGCCGCUGCUGUUGGUGGCGCAGUUUACAUGCUGGGUUCUGGUAUCCGGAACUUGCAAAGACCUGAGUCUGAUCAAGCUGAAGCACCAUUGAAUCUGUCGUUUACCAACGAUCUCGAUGUGAAGGCUAAGCUUGUGGUUCAAGGUACUGAGACGACUGACCCUAGUAGUACUCGAAUCAGCAGACUCACUGCCGUGACAAAGUCAGAUCUGUCACCGGUCUUCGAGCUGCUUACUGAUGGCGCUCCCACGCCUGCUGUUGCAGUAGUGGCUUUCCCCAAAGGCUCGGUCUCCGGUGAGGAUGAGAGUCCUUCCGAGUUUCCGGUCUAUGCGAUGGUACACUCAAGCGACACCGGGGAGUGCCCCUCUGGACAAUAUGUCGUUUAUCUCAGUACCGUCUGUACCUCAUCCGCGAAAUCGGUUCUGGAUAAAGCUCUUCUGUCUCUGCUUGCUGCCGUGUCGAAUGGCAAAGACGUGACUGCGCCUAUCUAUCAGCUAUAUUAUGAACAGAGUAAUGGAACAAAUACUCUGAGCGUAGACCGCAACAUUGCUACAUUCUCAGCAACACCGUUGAACCUUGCUUUCGAUGACUCGAUCCUCGACCCUGUCUACGAGGCAUGGCAGUUGGUCAACAGCGACUUGAAAGAUCAGCCUGUUGACUACAUGAAGUUUGAAGACCGGGAGAGCGGAAUAGACGAUGAUCUCUACGAUUAG